AUGGCGUCCCCAUUCCUCAUCUUCCUCGCCGGCACCGUAGCCUACGCCCUCUUCCGACUCAGCAGGGUCGGGAGAAGACCAAAAGGGUGCCCACCUGGCCCCCCUACGUUGCCCAUCCUCGGAAAUCUGCAUCAGAUCCCAAAGAAGAACGCCCACGUCCAGUUCAAGAAAUGGGCUGACGAGUACGGGCCGAUCUACUCGCUGAUCCUGGGGACCAUCGUGACCAUCAGGAGCGGCAUCUACUCGUCACGGCCUGAAGCGUACAUCAGCUCGCGAGCGAGCGAUGGCUGCCGCAUGGUUCUCAUGGAAUACGGAAAUCAAUGGCGCCGCAUCCGAAAGUUCUUUCACGCCUUCUUGCAACUCAAGGCGAUCAAGGCGUACGUGCCCUGCCUGGAGCUUGAGAGCACGUCGGUCAUGGCGGACCUCUUGGACAAGCCGCAGCUCAUCUUCCACCAUAUCCGGCGGUACACAAACUCGGUAUCCACGCAGCUGGUCUACGAAUUUCGGACGCCCAGGAUCGAUGAUCCGAAGCUCCUCCUGAUGUACGACACCAUGGAGAAGUUCGGCGACGUCACCGGGGCGGGGGCUGCGGCCCUGCUCGACGUCUUCCCCGUCCUGCGCUAUCUACCGCCGGGCAUCCGGCCGCUCUAUAAUCAUGCACUCUCCAUUCGGAAGGCGUCGCUCGAUCUUGCCGGUGACCUUUGGUUUGAGGCCAAGCGGAAAGUGCGCGAGGGAACUGCCAAGCCCUGUUUCUGCGUGGGUCUGGCCGAUGCCCAGGCCAAGGAGGACGUUGACGACAUGGGACUCGCAAUGACAGCCAGUACGGGAUUGGAAGCUGCCUCGGACACGACCGCGUGCAUCCUGUCCGGCUUUAUCCAGGCUAUGGUUAUCUACCGCGACGCACAAAAGAAAGCGCAGAAGGCGGUCGACCGUGUGUGCGGCGACAGGUUCCCAACCAUGGCCGACAUGGAUAACCCCGAGGCGCAAUACAUCAGGGCUUGCGUGAAGGAGAUUCUGCGGUGGAUGCCCACGGCAACUCUGGGCGUGCCACAUGCCGUCAUCAGAGCUGACGAGUACAUGGGAUACCGGAUUCCCAAGGGCGCGAGCGUCGUCCUCAGCAUCUGGGGCAUCCACAAAGACGAGAAGAGAUAUAAGAACCCGCGGGCGUUUGACCCGUCCCGUUACAUGGACGACACGACGACCUCGAGCGAAUCGGCACUGGGCCCGGAUCCGACAAAGCGCGAUCAUUUCGGCUUCGGAGCGGGACAUCGCAUCUGCGAGGGCAUGCACGUCGUCGACAGGACCCUGUUCCUCUUCAUCUCUCGUCCCGUUUGGGCCUUUGACCUGUCCCCGGCCAAGGAUGCCGACGGGAACGACAUCAUCCCCAACCAGGACGACUUGAUCGGUAACUUUCUGAGACAGCCCAGGCCGUUCCCGCUCGGGGUCAAGCCGCGGAGCGAGUCGCGCGCCGCCGCGGUCCGUCAGGCUUGGAAGGACGCCCAGGAACUUCUCGAUCAAGAUCAGCAAUGGAAGGAGACGCCCGAAGGGAUGCCAUUCACCUUGUGA